GUAGUCACCGGGAGCGUGGGAGACUUCUGAAUCCGAGUCUCCUCCGAAACCCUAGCAAUGUCUCGUUUCGUCGUCUUCCUCACGUUGAUCGCACUUCUUCCGACGCUCUCAUUUUCCUUCUCUCCCGAGAAUCCCACGGAUCGACGGAUCCUCGUCUUGCUGGACGACGUCUCUUUGAAAUCAUCUCACUCCCUCUUCUUCAAAUCUCUCCAAUCUCGCGGAUUCGAGCUCGAGUUCAAGCUUGCUGACGAUCCGAAGAUCAGUUUGCAGAGAUAUGGACAGUAUUUGUACGACGGAUUGAUUCUGUUUUCUCCAACAAUCGAGCGAUUUGGGGGAUCUGUUGACUUGGCCGCAAUUCUGGAUUUUGUCGAUUCGGGUCAUGAUUUGAUCAUGUCAGCUGAUGUUUCCGCGUCUGAUUUAAUUCGGGAGAUUGCAACGGAGUGUGGUGUUGAAUUCGAUGAGGAUCCUGCAGCUAUGGUUAUUGAUCACACCAGUUUUGCAGUCUCAGAUACUGAAGGAGACCAUACAUUGAUAGUCAGUGAUGAUUUUAUAAAGUCUGAUGUGAUUUUGGGGAAAGAGAAGAUCGAGGCGCCUGUACUUUUUAGGGGGAUUGGUCAUUCAACAAAUCCUGCCAAUAGCUUGGUUUUGAAAGCUCUCUCAGCGUCUCCUGCUGCCUAUUCGGCCAACCCAAAGUCUAAGUUGUCAAACCCUCCAUCUCUCACUGGAUCUGCGAUCUCUUUAGUUUCAGUUGUGCAGGCAAGAAACAAUGCUCGAGUCUUGAUCUCAGGUUCAUUAAGCAUGUUUAGUAAUAGAUUGUUCAGAUCUGGAGUGCAAAAGGCUGGAAGCUCAACCAAACAUGAGAAAUCUGGAAACGAGCAGUUUUUGACUGAGCUUAGCAGAUGGGUUUUCCAUGAAAGAGGUCAUCUCAAGGCUGUAAAUGUUAGCCACCACAAUGUCGGGGAAGCAGAUGAACCUUCAAUGUACAGGAUCAAGGAUGACCUGGAAUAUUCGGUUGAGAUAUAUGAGUGGUCUGGAACAAGUUGGGAACCAUAUGUUGCCGAAGAUGUUCAAGUGCAAUUUUAUAUGAUGAGCCCCUAUGUUUUGAAAACCUUAUCAACUAACCAGAAGGGUCUAUAUUACACGGCGUUCAAGGUUCCUGAUGUUUAUGGCGUUUUCCAGUUCAAGGUUGAGUACCAGAGGCUUGGAUACACAAGCUUGUCUCUAUCAAAGCAGAUUCCAGUUCGGCCUUUCAGACACAAUGAAUACGAAAGAUUUAUAACAGCUGCAUUUCCCUAUUAUGGCUCAUCAUUUACUAUGAUGGCUGGUUUCUUCAUCUUCUCCAUCGUCUACCUAUACAACAAGUAGCUGAAUUCCUGCCGGGUUGGGGGUUCCAUAACAUUAUAUUGAAAAAUUUUGAGUUAGGGAUGAUAAUCUCUUGUUUUAUGACUUUUUUUUAUGGGAGUGAAUGCCAUUUUUCAUGUUGGUGUAGACGUUGAUCACCAGGAAGCUUAAUCCUAAGCAGAAGACAGUAAUUCAUAGUUAAGUCUGGUACCGAAUUCUCCUUUGAUGCUUGA